AUGUCAGGCAGAAAGAAGGCUCUCCUUAAAGUGAUUAUUCUCGGUGAUUCGGGUGUCGGCAAGACUUCAUUGAUGAACCAGUAUGUAAAUCGUAGAUUCAGCAAUCAGUACAAGGCAACGAUAGGUGCUGAUUUCCUAACUAGAGAUGUUCAAAUUGAUGAUCGUACGGUAACAUUGCAG